GUUUUCCCCUUUCCGAUGCAACCCUUUUAUUGUGGAUAUUAGUGUCGUUAUUAUUAUACAGAGCAUUGCAUUCCUCUCUGCCGCCGAAAGGUCUGUUGACUCCUGUAAUCCAGAAAAUAUUCUAUUACAGUUAUUUUUAUUCUGCUGGAGGGGUGGAUCCCACAAAGGCAAACAAAGACAAGGCAAAGGAAUGUGUAUGUAUGCAUAUUAUGUAUCUAUGUGUCGAUAUAUAUACACACACAUACAUGCAUUACAUACAGACACUCCUUUGCCCUGCCUUCUUUCGGUUUAUAUAUAUCUGCUAGCUUGGGUACCCGGCUACUUAAAGGAUUUAAAGUUUGUUAUGUUGAACAAGUUUGCUCUCGAUGCGUCAUCGGUGGGGUUCAGUGUGCUCUCUGGCUAUAGGGUAAACUACAACUCCCACUGUGGUGAGUCAAUGCCCUCCAGUAGGUUGACUUAGUCAUGGGAUUUUGUGUGCCAAGUUUGGUCUAGGUCCAUUAUUGGUGGAGGUCACAGUUCUCCUGGUUGUGGGUUAUGGGUGAACUACAACUCCCAGAAAGGAACUUCGGUUCCCCCAAACCCCUCCAGUAACUUGGUACUAAUGGAAGUCCCCUUUGAGUGAGUUGCACUCUCUCAGCCUCAGAGGCUUGCAAUUGGGGCCUUUUCCCUAAAGGCAGAAAGGUGUGCCUCUAUGGACAGCAUAUUAAUUUGGAAGGGAAAUAAAUGCAUGGCUCGGCAGAGCAAAAUCAAUACUUUUGUUUUGGCAUUUCAGCAGAAAACCAAGCAGGUUAAUGACUACUUUCCGAUGGGUUCAGGCUGUUGCCGCCAGCCGCAUUGCAAGGGUUCAAUCUGAGGAAAAUGUCACAUUCCAUGGAAUUCGCACUCGAAGCCGGGCACGGGUUUCCCAAAUCAGGUGGCUGUUUGUUUCUAUGGAUCCUAAUAAAUACCCCAGUGGGCUCUGAAGGAUUUCCCUCUUUCCUUCUGGUGCGAUCUGAAGUAAUAAUAAUAAUUAUUAUUGUAUCUUGAUUCAUGACCUUAGGAAAUGGUGCAGCUUAAAUAAAACAGCAGCAGUGUCAGUUGUUUGGGAUUUGUAGUUUGACAAGGUCCAAUCCCUUUUCUGCCAUCCAAGAGAAUAUUAUUAUUCUCUAAUAACUAAUUAUUAUCAUUAUUACUACUACAGUAGAGUCUCCCUUAUCCAAGACUUGCUUAUCCAAGCUUUUGGAUUAUCCAAUGCAUUUUUGUAGUCAAUGUUUUCAAUAUAUCGUGAUAUUUUGGUGCUAAAUUUGUAAAUACAGUAAUUACAACAUAACAUUACUGCAUAUUGAACUACUUUUUCUGUCAAAUUGGUUGUAUAACAUGAUGUUUUGGUGCUUAAUUUGUAAAAUCAUAACCUAAUUUGAUAUUUAAUAGGCUUUUCCUUAAUCCCUCAUUAUCCAAGAUAUUCACUUAUCCAAGGUUCUGCUGGCCCGUUUAGCUUGGAUAAGUGAGACUCUACUGUAUUAUUAUUAGAUUGCAAUUUUUAAAAACAGCAGUGAUUCACAGUCAAGAAUCGCUCAGGGUUUGUAGUUUCCCAAGGUCCACAGCCUUCCCUGCCGAACUACAGACCCCAGGAACCCAAUAGCAUUGAGCCACAAAGCAUUGGAACUACAACUCCCAGCUUUCCUAAACAGGGGCACCUUAAAAGUUUCUCACCAAACUACAAGUCCCAGGUUAUGUUCAAACGGGGAGUGGACUACAUGGCAUUCGGGGGACCUUCCAAUGCCAUAGAUUGAAUGCAGUUGGACCCAGUUAAUAACAAUAAUAAUAAUAAUAAUAUAAUUUUGUAAUACAAUAUAAUAAUAUUAAUUAUAUAUUAUAUAUUACAUGUAUAUUUAUUAAUAAUAUUACAAUAUAUAGAUAUAGUACAAUAUGGUAAUUUAUUGCCAGUAUUGUGCUAUGCUAAUAAUAUAAUACUGUAUGUAAAUUUAAUUUGUAAACCGCUCUGAGUCCCCUUCGGGAUGAGAAGGGCGGGAUAUAAAUGUAUUAAAUAAAUAAAUAAAUAAAUAAUAAUAAUAAUAAUAAUAAUAUCAAUAACAACAACUUUAUUUUUAUACCCUGUUGGUGUUUAUGAAAGACCAUGGUGAGCGACGUUGCACGGGGCCCUUAUUUGGCCAAUGCAGAGGCUCCAGGGUCCUCUCAACCUGCCCAUUUCCAGGAUUACGGCCCUGGGGGCCUCCCCUCCUCUUCCCUCCCAGUAAAACCAGUCCCAGUCCUCCUCCUGGGUGACUCUUUGCAAGAGGAGUCCUUGUGCUGCAGACAGAUCAAGCAAGGGAGGGAGGCAGCAGAGAGGACAGCUGUCCAUCCAUCCAUCCAUCCAUCAUCCAUCUGUCAUAGGUCUUCUGGCCGAAGAAGCAGCAACAUCAGCUGGCUUUGGCCUCGGACCCAAGGAAGGCAGGAAGGAAGGGGGCACUUGAAGCCACUUCGGGGCCCUUUUGCAUCCAUUGAGGGCAGCAGGAGCAUUGGGUGUGUUUUGAGCCUGUUGACUGUUGCAUUUGUCCAUCGAGCGUAUUUGUGGGCAACCGUUUGCAGCCCGAGUCAACGGGGUGUACUUUCAAGUCCCCUGAGUGCUGUUCGGGACAGGUUUUGAGUCCAUUUUGUGCAUUUUGAAUACAUUCAGCACGGUUUUGGAGCCAAUGUGGUGCAAUUUCGAGUUCAUCGUGUGAAUUCCAGACCCACUGGGUGCAUUUUGAUUCAGUUGGGUGUAUUUUGAAUCAGUUGAGUGCAUUUUGAGCGAAUUCAGUGUGUUCUGAAUCAAUUUAAUGCCUUUCGAGCCAAUUCGGGGCAUUUGGAGUCCGUUGAUUAUAUUUUCAAUCCUUUGAGUGCAUUUGGAGUCCGUUGAAUAUAUUUCUGGGGCAUUUGGAGCCAGUGCGCGGGCAUUUGGAGCGAAAUGGGUUUUGUUUGAGUCAAGUUGUGUAUAUUUUGCAUCCAUUGAGCCCCGUUUGAAUCAAUUCUGGUGCAUUUUGAGUCGGUCAAGUACAUUUUGAGUCAAUUCUGAGUCUAUCUGUAACCCCUUGAGCUUCUUUUCAACCAUCUGGGUCUGCAUUUGGAACUGGUGGAGCCCAGUGAGUCCCUUCUGAACCCUUUGGGUGCCUUUGGAAUCCAUUCAGGGCAUUUUGAGUCCAUUGAAUACAUUUUGAUUCCAUGGGAUAUAUCCUGAGUCCACUGAGUGUCCUUUGAAUCAACUGAGUGCAUUUAGAAUCCGUUGAGUCUUGUUUGGGUCCAUUGAGACUGUUCUGAGUCUCGGGUCUAUUCAGAACCCUUUGGGUGAUGGUUUAUUGAGAGUCCAUUGGGUGCAUUUGGAUCCCUUUGUGUGUAUUCAGAGUCUAUUCUGAACCCUUUUGGUGCCUCUAGAUCCCCAUGAGUGUAUUUGGAGUCCCAUUAACUGCAUUUGGAUCCCAGUGUAAGUGUAUUUGGGGUCUAUUCUGAGCAUUUUGGGUGCAUUUGGAUCUUCUUGAGUGUAUUCUGAGUCUAUUUGGAACCCUUUGGGUGCCUUUGGAGCCCCUUACGUGUAUUCUGACUCUAUUCAGAGUCCAUUGGAUGCCUUUGAGUCCCCUUGAGUGUAUUCUGAGUCUAUUUGGAAUGUUUUGGGUGCCUUUGGAGCCCCUUACGUGUAUUUGGAGACUAUUCUGAACCUUUCAGGUGCCUUUGGAUCCCCUUGAGCAUAUUCUGAGUCUAUUCAGAGUCCAUUGGGUGCAUUGGAUCCUCUUGAGUGUAUUAAGAGUCUAUCUGAAACCCUUUGGGUGCCUUUGGAGCCCCUUACGUGUAUUCUGAGUCUAUUCAGAGUCCAUUGGGUGCAAUUGGAUCCCCUUGAGUGUAUUCUGACUCUAUUCAGAGUCCAUUGGGUGCCUUUGAGUCCCCUUGAGUGUAUUCAGAGUCUAUUUGGAACCCUUUGGGUGCCUUUGGAGCCCCUUACGUGUAUUUGGAGACUAUUCUGAACCUUUCAGGUGCCUUUGGAUCCCAUUGAGUGUAUUCUGAGUCUAUUUAGAGUCCAUUGGGUGCAUUUGGAUCCUCUUGAGUGUAUUCAGAGUCUAUCUGAAACACAUUGGGUGCCUUUGGAGCCCCUUACGUGUAUUCUGAGUUUAUUCAGAGUCCAUUGGGUGCCUUUGGAUCCCCUUCCAAGUGUAUUCUGACUCUAUUCAGAGUCCUUUGAGUCCCCUUGAGUGUAUUCUGAGUCUAUUCAGAGUCCAUUGGGUGCAUUUGGAUCCUCUUGAGUGUAUUCUGAGUCUAUUUGAAACGCUUUGGGUGCCUUUGGAGCCCCUUGCGUGUAUUUGGAGUCUAUUCUGAACCUUUCAGGUGCCUUUGGGUCCCCUUGAGUGUAUUCAGAGUUUAUUUGAGUGCCUUUGGAGCCCCUUGCAUACCCAUGGAGGGGGUCCCAGGGGGAGCCAAGGCAGGGGAGCAUCCCCGCAGCCUGCGAAUCCUGCCUGGGCAGCUGAGCCCGAUGCCGCCGUCCAGGAGGGUGCCCUGUCCCCAGCGUCCCCUUCCCUCCCGGGCCCCGUCCCUCCCAGGUGCCUGGGUGGGCGAGGGGCCCUGGCCGGGUCCCAGAGGGCGUGGCCCCGAGGCGGAGGAGGGAGGCGGGGCCUUCUGGCGGGUGUGCCUUCUCUUUUACAAGAGCCAGCGACAGCAGCAGGCACCCAGCCCUCCGCUCUGCCUCCUCUUCGGGAAGACGGCCACUGCCGCGGCCAGGAGGAGGAGGAUGGCGGCGGCUGCUGUGGUAACCACCUCCGAGGAGGAGAGCCCCAAGCUCCAGCUGUUUGUUAAGGCCAGUGACGACGGAGAGACCAUUGGGCACUGUCCCUUCUGCCAGCGGCUCUUCAUGAUCCUGCUCCUGAAAGGGGUCCCCUUCACGCUGACCACCGUGGACACCAAGCGGUCCCUGGACGUCCUGAAGGCCUUUGCACCUGGGGCCCAGUUGCCGGUGCUUCUCUAUGAAGGGGAGCCCAAAACGGACACCCUCCGCAUCGAGGAGUUCCUGGAGGAGACCCUGGGACCGCCUGACUACCCCACUCUGCUGCCGAGAUACAAAGAGUCCUCCCUGGCCGGGAAUGACGUCUUCCUCCGCUUCUCGGCCUUCAUCAAGAACCCCGUUCCUUCCCAGGAUGAAGCUCUGCACCGGAACCUGCUGAAGGCCCUUUGGCGGCUGGACAAGUACCUGAACACCCCGCUGGACUACGAACUGGUGCGCGACCCCUUGCUGACCGUCUCCCGCCGGCGCUUCCUGGACGGGGACCAGAUGACCCUGGCCGACUGCGCCCUCCUCCCCAAACUCAACAUCGUCCACGUCGUGUGCCAGCAUUUCCGCCAAUGCGGGAUCCCCAAGGACCUGCGGGGAGUCUGGCGCUACCUGGAGAGCGCUGCCGAGGUCAAGGAGUUCAAGUACACCUGCCCCAACAGCCAGGAGAUCCUGCAGGCCUACAGUGCUGUGGUCCGGCCCCUGAAGCAGCCAGAAUAGGGGCCCCGUGCGGAGACUCACCCUUCUUGGGAACGCUCCCUCUGUGAGAUUGGAUUUCCGUCAUGAAACUUGCUAUUCUUGGGAUUUCACUGGUGAACUCACCCUCCUUGUGACCUCACCCUUCUUGGGAUUGUGUCUGUCGUGAAAUCACCCUUCUUGUGAAUUCACUGUUCUUUGGAUUGGACUUCCGUGGUGAACUCACUAUUUUUAGCAUUUUGCUGGUGAAUUCACCCAUUUUUUGUAAACUCACCUUUCUUGGGAUUGUGUCAGUCAUGAAAUCACUCUUCCUGUGAAUUCACCGUUCUUUGGACUUUGGACUGGACUCACUAUUUUUGAGAUUUUGCUGGUGAACUCACCUUCCUUGGGAUUGUGUGUCAUGAAAUCACCCUUCUUGUGAAUUCACCGUUCUUUGGACCGGACUUCCGUGGUGAACUCACUAUUCUUGGAAUUUCGAUAGUGAACUCACUGUUCUUGGGAUUGGGCUUCUGUCACGAAUUUACUCUUCUUGGGAUUUUGCUGGUGAACUCUCGCCCUUCUUGUGAACUCGCCAUUCUUGAGAUUGUAUCUCUGUUGUGAAAUCACCCUUCUUGUGAACUCACCGUUCUUGGGAUUGUGUCUCUGUUGUGAAAUCACCCUUCUUGUGAACUCACCAUUCUUGGGAUUGUGUCUGUUGUGAAAUCACCCUUCUUGUGAACUCGCCAUUCUUGAGAUUGUGUCUCUUGUGAAAUCAUCGUUCUUGGGAUUGUGUCUCUGUUGUGAAAUCACCCUUCUUGUGAACUCACCGUUCUUGGGAUUGUGUCUCUGUUGUGAAAUCACCUUUCUUGUGAACUCAACGUUCUUGGGAUUGUGUCUGUUGUGAAAUCACCCUUCUUGUGAACUCACCGUUCUUGGGAUUGGGCUUCCGUCGUGAAUUCACCCGCCUUGCAAUUGUAUUUCUGUAAAUGAAUUCUUGUGUCUGUGCUUGUAAACUCACCAUUCCUGGGAUUGUGCUUCCAUCAUGAAAUCACCGUUCUUGUGAACUGACCAUUCUUGCGACUGGGCUUUCACUAUUCCUGUGAUGAUUCCUGUGACUGGUCUGGUGUGCUCACCAUUCUUGGGAUCGGGCUUCCAUCGUGAACUCACCAUUCUUGUGUACUCACUAUUCUUGGGAUUAGGUUUCUGUCGUGAAUUCAUUCCUUUUGCAAUUGUACUUCUGUAAAUGAACACACCAUUCUUGCGACUCUGCUUUUGCCAUGGACUCACUUUUGUUGUGAUGACGGCACAAGGAUUGAGGUCUGGGCGUUCUUUGAAAACAGAGACUCUUUUCAUUCUAUGUAGGAGCUGAUAGCAUUGCCAUGAGGUUGGUUGAUGAUCUUGGCCCCAACCAAGCGUCUCAGUUGAGAUCAAAGCAGAAUAUUAUUAUUAUUCUUGCAAAGCCCUUCCCCUUCCCCAGAUCCUCUCCAUCCACAAAGCACUCCCCUUCCUUCCUGUCCUCCUUCGUCGUCGUUAACAUUAAUUACUCUCCAAUGAGACGUGAUGCUGCAGCAAACGAGGCCGAUGCCAACUUAAAAGUCUGCAUUGAGCAGAAGCAUCGGCCCCAAGUCCCCUUCUGUCAAAUCCAUAUGAAUUAGGGCAAAGCCCAUAAACAGGAGGCAGGUUUUGGUGAAAGGCUCUUGUUUCGUAUUCUGAAAAGCGUCUUUAUUGUUUCAAGCAUCAUUCCGUUUUUAAAAAUAUUUAAAACAUCUCAUUAAAGGCAAUCGUAUGAGCGUC